GUGGGGCGAUUGAUUAAUUAAUCAUUGAAUUUCCCCAACAGCUUCAUCCAUUCUCCACUUUUACUAUCAUACACUUCCCCAUCAUCUUUUUUUUUUCUGCCCUUUUUCUCUUUCCAUCUAGGGUCGGAUCCUGAUCGACAUCUACUUGAUCAAUCUGCUAUAUCUAUGUACUGAAUCCCCCCUCACCCCCCCCGAAAUAGGAAUCGACCAUGCCAGGUGACGAAAACGCAAGUCGCCACAGACACUCGUCCGCUGAAAACUCCCAACUAUGGCCUGAUGACGACAAUCCAUUCGUUGCUUUCCGUCGCUUUGCCGACGAGCAGAUCUCCUCGAUGUUACAGUCCGUAACGGGGCUCCCUUCUAUGGUCACUGCCCCGCCACCCGAUCAUUGGUCUGUUUUCGAAGACGGCAGGUAUUACAGCGACAAGCAUAUUCGUCAAAGACAAAGCGGCGACGGACAACAAGGAGAUUAUUCAUCGGAAUCGGGAACCAGCGCAACGCCCGAGUCAAAUCACUCCACGUCGUCGCGCUCGCAGUGGCCAGAAUCUGAAGAUCCUUGGCAGGCCCAUCGCACUAGAAGACAGGGUCCGUCUCACGAUCAUCUCGAUGUUGACUUCUUCAACUCUUUCUUCGAUAAGUUCUGGUUCGAUGACCGCGUUUCUUCCCGUUUCUUCCACCCAUACAAUAGACCCCUAUUCUCAAGCAUGGUAAACGACGAAUCUCCCGCCUGGCCUGUUACCUAUCUUAUGUUCAGCCCUUACUCGCCCCUGCAUUUGGAGCGUCAAGCGCAAUACCGGUCCAAUCGUGAGCGAGGAGUCUUCUCAUCCCUUAUGUCUACUUUGAACCUCUCCACUGAACAUGACCCUGCGGAGCCCCAGUGGCGAGAGGCUUUUGAGGACCUCCUACGACUCGAAAAUGGAAAGCCUAUGCUCGACAGGGAACUCGCAGAUGCUAGUAAGAGGGAAUCAGGCAAGGACUGGCUGCAGGGACUCGUCAAACGGGGUAGUCUUGGAGAUCGCUGGAAGUACAUUUCAGGGACAGAAGGUCAGCAGCCAUGGUCAACUAUUGCGUUUGAUAACUCGAAGAACGGAAGGGAUGAGCACGGGGAGGAAGCCUCUAGAAAAGAUGCUAAGGCAGAGAUCACCUGGGGUAGCACUGAACCCGAGUCAGUGACAGAGCUGGAUCUGUACGACCGUUUCCUUGCAGACAUCGAAGCCCGUGAGCGGGAGUUUUUCAACGGUGCAUACGAAAGUCCUCUUUUACGUAUCCUUUUUGAGGACAGAAACAGAGUUCCAUAUAAUAAAGAACCAUCACAAGGUUACCGGGUUGAUGAUACGGAGAACUGGCUGGACCAUGCGUCUAGCGAAAAACAGAAGAAUAUUUCUGCGACAGAGACUCAUUCGACCACUAACACGUCCCCUGCUGAGACCAACAAGUUGGUGACAGAGCAGAACCCCCACGUGAUUUCCACUAAAACUACAACAGAGCGUAUCCGACUCCCUGAUGGAUCGAUUCAGACAAAGACUAUAAAGACCCAACGAUUCGCAGAUGGUCGGGAAGAAAGCAAUGAAACUAUCGAGGUGGUCAAUCCACCGCAGGUCAACCGGAAUUCCGCUGGUCUAGAAGAAUCUGCAUCUGAUCAGAACCCGAGCGGCUGGUUUUGGAAGGGUAAUUAAGUCGAGAAUGGCUGACUUUCCAACGCUCCUGUCCUCUUAUCGUACACUCUUUGUUCAUCAUCUGCUUUCCUUUGAUUUCUUCCCUAUAUCUUGUCUUUCAGCGCUGCGUUUCCUGAUUGGCGUUCUAUGAUUGGUCCUAUCUCUUCUUACAUUCUUUUUGCCGAA